AUGCGUCCAUCAACAGACACCAUCUCUACCGUCUCUACUCUGCGAGAUACGACGGUCAGACAUCGGAGCGCAGUCACUGAUAUAGCAAGUCCCACGCUAACCAACAGACUCGCCGCUGCUUUUCUUGAUGUUUCUCACCACCCAGGCCUGCAGGCAACGAGGGUUGAAGGCAGCGAGAAGGCGGAUAACCACGCGUCUCGGCCGGGUGUUCCUCCCACCCUCCCUCUCAACCUGCGCGCAAAGCGACUCAUCCCCGACACCGAGCCCGCCGGAUACGGCUCGGAGCCCUCCUUGAGCGCUGCGCAAGAGAUAGUCGCCAAAUACAAUGCGACACAGCCAGAUCAGCAGAUUAUCCGCGAUGGUGCCAGCUCCGACGAUCGACACUCCGUUCUCACCCUGGGCGGUGCUUCCGACGGACAAUCGACCAUAGGCCAUGGAUGGAGGCCUAACCCGAAAGUGCACUAUCGACGGUCGGAUAUGGUGGAUCUCAAUGCUGCUCAAUGCGAAGCUAUGAAAACUCUCCAGCGUUCCGGCGCAUCCAGCGGCGCCGACCUCAUCUGCCCGCGCCUCGGGUGCAAUAACCGUCUGCGCUCCGUCGAGGCGCUCAAGUACCACUUGCACAUCCACGAUAUCGGGACGCAGAUAGACUCGCGCAGUCGCAAGCCGUCCUCGUGUGGGUCCAGGAGCGUCAGCAGCUUCACUGUCCUGGGCGAGAAGACCCAACCCUCGAAGCACAUCUGUCCUUACUGUGGCGAGCAUUUCAAGGCUGGAUGGUUGCUCGACUUUCAUUCCUGCAACGCACUCAGCGAGACGCGCAGAAGGUGUCAAUCAACUUCAGCCUCCCUUAUGGGCGCCAUCAGUCGUAGCCGCAGAGCCAACCUCUCCUCAUCUACCUCGCCAAACCUUCACUCAGAUGUCCCACAGACUUUCGCUCCACGAAGGAGCGGCGAGUCAGAGAUGAGCAUCGCGCGGAGUCUCUCCACGGUCAUGUUCGCAGAGCCUUCUGUCGUCCCCCCUCCUCCUCGCAAGCGCCGCGACGUCGUACCCGACCCUCAAAGCCAAGGCCAGGGCCACAGACGCAAACAGAGCGGCAGCACACAACCGUACAGCCCGGUGUCCCAAUACUCGCAGGAUGUAUCCGUCAGAAAGAGCACCACCGCGAAACACGCCUCCGCCGUCGAAACCCUCGAGUUCUCUCGGCUACAUGCGAGCACCAACGAGGCCAACUAUUACGACCCCGGCCCGGCAGCAGCCAAUCUGCCUGCCAGCCGUCACGCGAGCAUGAGCAUUGACGGCGUCUUAUCUUUGCCGACGAGCCCGACGCUCGUCCCGCGCACGCUCGCCUUGUCAUCCGACCAAAGGAGCGCACCCUCGAGGUCGAGCAAGGUCGAGCCGAACAUCCCGGCGGUGUUCACCGUCCCGCAGGCGGGGCGAUCCGUGUUCUCGCCGGCCAGCAGCCAGGCGCCGCGCGGCGACUCGGAGAGUCGUGCGGGGGGCUUCGUCACAGGUACGGUGGAUUCAAGCGCGUAUUGUCGGGAAGAUGCUGCGUGA